CCCUGCAUCCGGUGUCUCUCUUAGACCUUGGCAGACGGUUGUAACUGAAUGUGGGAGACAGCCGCGGAUGGAGAGGGAUGUGGUCACCCCACAGGGAAGCUAGAGGUGCCGGGAGAGGGUGGCGGUUGCAGCCCUGAGAUGCCGCAUCCCCCUGUUUGGCCACCUCUGGUCCAGAGCAAAGCCAUAGUGAAAAAGAAACUGCUAUCGAGAGGAGAAGAGAAAGAAGAAACUGCCUUCUUGGUCUCAAGUAAAGAUCUCCGAAAGAAAUGCCCAGCAAUUGCCUCUCCUGUUACACCUGCCAAGCUUUGCUGCUGCAUCUUGAUUAUCUUUAUACUUGUAGCUCUAAAUGUGGUGACACUUUCCACUCUUGUGGCAGUGAGAAGCAGAGAGACAGACGUACAAGUUCUGCUUGCCGCCUGCCCAGAAGGGUGGAUUGGAUUUGGGAGUAAGUGUUUUUAUUUUUCUGAAGACUCAGAAAAUUGGACAUUCAGUCAGACAUCCUGUACUUCAGUGGGAGCUGUUCUUGCUCAGUUUGAAAUGGAGGAGGAGUUGAACUUCCUGCAAAGAUACAAAGGCCCUUUUGACCAUUGGAUUGGCCUUAGCAGAGAAUCAUCACAUCAUGCUUGGAAGUGGACAGACAACUCUAAACUUGAUGCCUCGUUUGUCAUCAGAGGAGAUGGGGAAUAUGCCUUCCUGAAUGACUUUGGAAUUACUACUAGUAUCAACGGAGCUAUACAGAGAAGAUGGAUUUGCAGCAAGACAAACAUCACCCAGUGAUGUCCGACUUUUUGUGACUGCAUAGACUACAGAACUGGAGAAGAAAAUGGUAACACACUCCAUUAUUCUUGCCUGGAGAAUCCCAUGGACAGAGGAGCCUGAUGGGGUCGCAAAGAGUCAGGCACAACUGUAAUGACUUGGUUUGGUGUGGCAGGGACUGCAGAACACGAGGCUUUGUAAUUCUAUGCAGUUUUUGACAAUAUUUAGUUUUGUAUCUAUUUUUAUAUAUUGUAUACUUAUAUUUUUAUACAUACUUGAGAUUAUGUCUUUGUUUUAUUUUUUUCUUGUCUUACAAUCAUUUUGCCUUAGGUUUUCUUAGAUGCCUAGACUAUAUCUAGCUCAGUUCUAUAUUCUCAGAGACUAGUACAAUGCCUCAAAUACUGAAUAUUGUCUAAACAUAACCUGUGAAUAAAUAAUGCCUUCCACUCUAUGAGAUUCUGUCCUAUUUUCUUGGUUUCUCUACUUUUUUUUUUUAUAAAGAAAGCUAAAUUUCCAC